UCGCCUUUCCAUCUUCCAUCUUCCGUCUCCUGCAGACGAUAUAGACCUCCAUAAAAGUAAUAUCUGGCGCUCUCGAUCUGGUCGUCUCGUCACCUCAACACACCACCGAGUCCGUCUUCCCGAGGUCGUAGCCAGGGGCACAAAUUUCGACGCUUACACCCGAGAACGACAAUCUAUCCUUGACUCCAGCACACGCUUUAUCCAUUUUUAAGUCCUGCGUCCAACAUGCGAGAAGUCAAUUUCAGUAUUCCAAAUGCCAACAAGGCCUCUGUUGGCAUUACGACCGCCCUUUACGACCGUCGUGCUCUUGAUUGCACCUCAACCCUACCCCUCAUCAACUCUCUCAACCAUCUGGCAUAUCUCACAACCUCCUCUCCUCGAAUCCGUGACAUACUUACAGUCGAUGGAGGCGUCGAAAGGCUUGUUUGUAUAUUGAAAGAUGGCAGAAGCAAAGAUUUGAUGGAUAUGUGGAAAUGGAACUUGGCCUUCCAAUGUCUAUUUAACAUUGGUGUCCGCGGUUCCGAGAACGUUAGAACGAGGGUAGUAGAAGCAGACAUGGUGCCAGUCAUCGCCACAAUUCUUGAUAAUUACGUCAAGGUCGUCGACAAGUGUCGUGAGAAGGCUGAUACUGAGAUUAGGCGGUCUUCGCAUAAACUUGGUUCAUCAAGUCGGCACUACUGCAGAGAGCAUAGUGCGUCUUCGCAUUCUCGUUCCGACCGAUCCAGGCGUCAAGUGCCGCCACCCAUUGAAAUUCCCCAGCCAUAUCAGCAGAACGAUGCAGAACUUCAGUCCGCAGACGCGACUCCCACACCUGCCUUCUCGCUCUCAUCUCCACCGGAGCGGACAACCUUCCGGCACCACAAUCAUCCCCAUUUCCAGAGGCUCAACGAAGCACAGACGGCAACGUUCAACAGGGGUCAUCGCGCAGUACCUCAACCUAUCGCGACUGCUUCUGCAUCCAUCGACGAUGCGUUCAGGCUCCGUCCUGUCCGCGAUGCAGACCGUCUACCCUCAAUGCUGCCUGCUCUCCAGGCUGAAAUCAUGUCCCAGCCUGAGUCACCAACAACACCCCAUGCUCACAAUACAGUGCGUCCGACGACUCCUCGUCCCAGCGGCACCACUGAAUGGAGAAGGCGUCCUUCAAUACGACACCAGAUAUCGACAUCAGGUGAAUCCGACGAAGGGGAGGUCACAGACAUUGUUCCCGAGGCUCCUGCCGAUGUAGAAUCUGGUCCGGAGCCCUUGGUCGGGCUGCAGAAUGAAAUCAACAUGCAGGAAAUUGUAGAGAGUGGGAACUUGAAUGGCAACGCUACCCAGGUAGCUCCUCCCGCGGAAACAGGCGACGACGAAACGUUCAACAUUACCCAUCGCGCCAUUGAUGGCAGUCUUCCGACCACUGCUGCCAUUAGCUUCUCGCCUGCUCAGCCUACUGUGAAUGUCACACAUCCGACCCCACCGACUCUCACCAAUGUUAACUGGUACCCACGGUUUCCCGCGGAACGAAGCACUACUUCUGCGCUUCUUGCAGCCAUGCCCCGGGAUGAGGACGUACUAAUGUCUCUUCAACUCCUCGCAUACGUGUCCAAGUAUUGCAAUCUUCGCUCGUUCUUUCAACAGUCGCAUCUUGUUCCUCGCCUGAAGAUUGGUGGGGAGGAGCUUGGUGCGCUUGACGCUGAGCCAUGCAGCGACGCUCAUAUGGCUGAGGAUGAUGAUGACGAGGAGUACCUGCUGCCGGACGACUUCAACAUCUUCCCUCUCGUUGAAAAAUUCACCGUACGCCACCACACGCAGGACAUGCAGUACUGGGCCGGUGUAGUGAUGCGCAAUCUGUGCCGUAAGGAUGAUGCCAGAGGUGGUAUCCGACAAUGUGCAUUCUACGAGUGCGGUCGAUGGGAAGAGUAUACUCGACAAUUCGCAAAAUGCCGAAGAUGCCGUCGGACAAAGUACUGCAGCAAAGAGUGUCAAAAGAGCGCUUGGGUCUACCACCGACAUUGGUGUGUAGCAGCUGGGCCGCAGAAUGAGCCAUUGUAGAAAUGCGUGGUUAGAAAGAACACUUUUAUUUAUGCCGCAUAUCGCAUGGCGCUGGACGAUGGUUUCAUACUGUUUUAACAUAACGCCCCAAAGGAAUGGUGACACGUCAAAGACACAAAAAUGUCAUC